CUCUGUAGACUGUGGUAGGGAGGGUGGGUUUUGUUCUCAGUAUAACGGGAAGCCUUCUGAAGGCUUGAAACAAUGCCUUGAUGGUGGUUUGUUCUAAUUAGAGAAUGGACCUUAUAUGAGAAAGGGAGGCAAGGAAAAACAGGGAGGUCCAUUAGGAAAUGUAGCUAUUUUCUGGGUGGUAGGAUCAGAGACAGAGGGCGGUCAUUAGGACAGGUGACCAAGAAGUUUAGAGGUCCUAGGGUCCUGGGAGAGGAUUCCCUGGUAAGUAGACACAGAGAACAGGGUCUCUGAGUGAUGGUGCUCCAAAGUGCAAGGGAAGAAAUGAAACCCCACCACUUCUGUUCAUAAUGGGUCAUUUCCCUUGCGGGAAGUUUCAGCUUCCUGAUUCUGGGGCUCUUGUGUGAUGGAAUUUGGGAGAAGAACGUGUGGUACAUAAUAUUGGUGAGACCUGCUUGCUCCCUUUGGGGUCAUCCUCUCAGCCUCUCUCUGAGAGCAGAGUUGAGGGUGGGGGGUGGGGGGAGACUUUCUGCUCCAGCUGAGAUGCCCCUCUGCACUAGCAGGGGAGGAAGUGAGUCAGUGGUCCCCCAAUCACCAGCCUCCACCCCUAAGACAGGUGCUCUUGCUUCCUCCUUCCCACCACAAGUCCUCCAGCCUGCCCAGACCUUUGUUGGGAGAAGUCAGAGGAGUCCUGAAUGGGACUCUGCUGAAUGGGACAGCUCCCUUAGGGCUGAAGUGUAGGGCGCUCCGUGGGGGAGCAAAGGCCCUUUUUAGCCCAAGGGUGAGAGAUUUCUGGAUUAAAUCCUGCCCCAUACCCAGGAAGGCCUUGUCUGAGGGGAUGAGCAAGAACAGCCUAGUGCUCUCUCUCACAGUCCCUCUUCCCUGUCUGUUGCCCUGUACAAAGACACCACCCACCUCUGCCUUCAGGACAAGCCCACAAGCUGUCAUCUUCUCAACACCUGCUCUGCUGAGGGCUUAACAGGGAUCAUCUAAGUUUUUAUACACUCUCCUGAGGGAGCCCUAUAAUCCCAAUUUUGUAGAUGAGAACAGGUCUACACAGUUCAGGAAAGCCAAGCUAUCUGUCCCCCAAAGCAGAGCCCAGGGCCCAAAACUGCUUCUUCCCGGCAAAUUGGACCUGAAGCAGAUUGGGGCUGAAAGAUAAAUGAAUGGAUGAAAAAAAUAAAUGAAUGUAAGGGCUCAUGGAUGCUGGGAGAGGCAGACAUCAAAGCCAGAUUGUCCAAGCCUUCCCAGGUGAGGUCUUGUUCCCAGGGUCCAGGUGAAAAGUGGCGGGAAGGGGAUGAGGGGCAGCCUGGUCCCGGGAAUGGGUGUGAGGACGCAAAAAACAUCCUUGAUUGGCCCCCAAGGUAGGCGCCAAGGUUUGGGCCUUGCAUCCCUCCCUGUCCAGCGUCCACAGACCCUAGUCGUUACUAGGCGCUCAAUAAAGUGUAGAUGAAAUUUUGGCUCAUCAGAAUUCCUGGCAGUCAGCGGCUACUCAGUAAAUAUUGACAAUUGAUAAUUGUCCGAUGAAGGGUCCCCACCUGCGGCCCACUAGGCUCAGGGGGCGGUGCUUGGUCCCCGCCUUCUACGCGCGGUGCCUAAUCGGCCCCUCGCAGGACCCGGCAGCGCGAGGGAACGCCCGGGGCGGGGCCAAUUUGGGGCGGGGCCUGACCGAGGGGGCGGGCCCAGGCCAGGCCCGCUGGGGUCUGCGGUUUGAGCUGGGACGGGUCUUGCUUGCUGCUUCCCGCUCGGAGGGGCUGGAGCCGGGGUGCGGAUGCUGGAAGUUCACAUCCCGUCGGUGGGACCCGAGGAUCCCAGGCAGAGCCCAGAGAAAGGCCACAUGGUGUUCCGAGUGGAAGUGCUGUGCCGCGGGCGCAGGCACAUCGUGCAGAGGCGCUACAGCGAGUUCCACGCGCUGCACAAGCGGAUCAAGAAACUGUACAAAGUGCCCGACUUCCCCUCAAAACGCCUGCCUAACUGGAGGAGCAGAGGAUUGGAGCAGCGGCGGCAGGGCUUGGAGGCCUAUAUCCAGGGUGUCCUGUACCUGAACCAGGAUGUGCCCAAGGAGUUACUGGAAUUCCUGAAUCUUCGGCACUUCCCCGCACACUCUAAGGCCAGCAGCUGGGGAGCCCUGGGGGAGUUCCUGCCUAACGACAGCAGCUCCCAGCUGCACCACCGGCCUGUCAUCAGCUUCUACACGGAUCCCUACAUUUGCAGCCCAUCCUCAGAGCCUCUGCCCAAUGUGGUGGUGAAUGGCGUACUCCAGGGCCUCUACGGCUUCAGCAACAGGCCAGCUGAAGCUCAGCCAGAGGCAUCUUGUCAUCCUGCUCCUUUGCCAACGAUGCCCUGACCAGCCCAGAGGCCUAUGGGCCACCUGCCAGGACAGGCACAUGCCUCAGUGUAUGUGCCCCCUUCUCAGAGGAGGCGGGGUCCCUCCUGGCCCAGACCCAGGACUUACCCACCCUAGGUGUCAGGGCAGGGACAACAGGGGAUAAGGAAUAAAGGGAGAAGUCCAUUUAGAGGCAGGCAAUGAAAAGGAAGAGGUGUAUUUCUUCCCCUAUACCAGAAGAGGGCAGGGGACAAAAAGUGGCACCUUAAUGGCAAAGGUUAGAAGCAAGGAGCAAAAAGUUUCUGGUUGCUAUUUGUGAGUAGUUAUCUGGGAAGGAGGGUUCAGACCAGAGCCCCCGAACAGGGGACAGCACCCCCUGCCACAGGAUCCCAGACAUUCUGGGACAGGGACUUCAGCAGCUGUCGCAGGCUCAAGAAUCCAGCCCACACAGUGAUUAUAAAAAAAAAAAAACAUUUUUUUUUAAUUGGUCAGCAUUGGUAGGACUUUGUUACAAAACCAGGCCGGUAGGUAGGCCUGCGGAAUGUUCGGGGAGGGGUCCACUCUGUCAGAGGCCAGCACUGGGGCCAGUGCAGCACGGAACCCUGCGGCAGCCGGUCUCCACCCAGGGGAAGGCAACAGGGCCGCACAGAUGGUGGCUCAAAGGGAAGAGGUCCUGGGGGCCCUACUCCUUGGCGAUGGCGAAGGGCUUCUCCACCUCGAUCUUGCCACAGUCUGCAAUCGUCACAUCCUUCAGGGGCUUGUCCCGACUGUCGGUCUUGGUGCUCUCCACCUUCCGUACUACCUCCUGGGAAGGUAGAGCAGAGCUGAGUCAGGAGGUCCACCCCUCAAAGGAGAAAAGCCCCAGAAUCUGGCCAGGAAAAUCUGCCCCCAUGGGACAAAGAGCAGGCAAACCUUGGGGCCCCCCAAAUCGUAAUGGAAUCCUAGCCGGGGAGAGCCUAGCUAUAACAUGAGAGUAGUUUUAAUCCUCUGCAGCGGGACUAGACAGAGCUAAGGGAGAAGAGGAGGAGGGUGGCUGGGGAGUGGGUACCCAGUGGCCUCUCCGGGAUGAUAGUGUGUUCGGCUGGGUUCUGCACAACAGGGGGUAGUGCCAGCCUCUCAAUGAGCAAGUGAAAUAGAGGCUCCUGUCCCUGUGCAGGCCACAAAAAUUGAGAACUUGGGGGCAGAGACACAUAGGGUAGUUCCUGAUUCCCUCCAGAUUUGGACAUAGGAACACUGGCAAUUUAUGGGUCCCUACUGGGAAAGGGAUAAACUACAUGGUGUAGUUUUCCCCAUUUCCUGGGAAAGGCCACCCAGGUUUAGCCCCUGUCCCCCAAACUCACCAUGCCUUCCAGAACUUUGCCGAACACCACGUGCUUGCCAUCUAGCCAGGCUGUCUUAACCGUUGUGAUAAAGAAUUGGGAGCCAUUGGUGUCUUUGCCUGCAUUGGCCAUGCUCACCCAGCCAGGCCCGUAGUGUUUCAGCUUGAAGUUCUCAUCGGGGAAGCGUUCACCAUAGAUGCUCUUUCCUGGGAAGAAAGAGUAGAGCAAGGAGCUGAGCUGGCCCAAAUCAAGCACAUCUUUGGGGUGAGGAUUCCAGGGACUCAACCUGUCUUUGGUCAGGCCAGGCUCCAGUGGAUUAGAAGGACAUAAAAGCUGUUCACUUCCUUCCCUCUGGUCUCAGAGCCAAACCAUGCUGACAGACCAAGUGGGGCAUGAGGCCAGACUGAUUUAGUGAACAGCUUAUUCCAUUGGUUACUUUGAGAACAUAACUGAGUGGCUUUUAAAUAAGGCAAAGAUCAACAGCUACUCUUGGCGAUGGCCGGAGAGGUCUGCCACAGGAACUGAAGUACUCUGGUAUAGAGAGGUGCUUUGCAGAAGCAAAGAAAAGGACAGCUGUGGCUGAUCAGCUUUUCUUUCUCACAACACAGAAGAUAACGGAGAUGAGUGGGGAGGGGCUGCCACUUGGGUUCUGGAUAAUCAAGUGCCUCUUACCACUGAACACAAAA